UUCUCCAGUUGUCUUUACUCAUGUUUUCAUCAAGCUAAAGAGCAUCAUACUAUUUAUAUAAAUUUUCUCCAAAUUAAAUAUAUAGUGAGGAGUGACUCCCUCAAUUCACCACAGUGCUGACUGCAUUUCAAUAUUUGCUUCCUACUGCUGUUCAUCACAAAAUGCUUUUGUGUCUUUAAGAAAACUGUUUAACGCUCGCCGCCAUCAUGAACGACACAGUAACUAUCCGGACCAAGAAGUUCAUGACUAACCGACUACUUCAGCGGAAACAGAUGGUCAUUGAUGUUCUUCACCCUGGAAAGGCAACGGUACCUAAGACAGAAAUUCAGGAAAAACUAGCCAAAAUGUACAAGACCACACCAGAUGUCAUAUUUGUGUUUGGAUUCAGAACCCGUUUUGGUGGUGGCAAGACAACCGGCUUUGGCAUGAUUUAUGAUUCCUUGGAUUAUGCAAAGAAAAAUGAACCCAAACACAGACUUGGAAGACAUGGCCUGUAUGAGAAGAAAAGGACAUCAAGAAAACAGCGAAAGGAACGCAAGAACAGAAUGAAGAAAGUCAGGGGGACUGCAAAAGGCAAUGUUGGUGCUGGCAAAAAGUGA